GUAGUUCUACUAUUGGUAUUUUUUUUUCUAGAGAGAAAGAUUUCUUAAAACCCAAUCCAUUCCAAUGCAAAAGCAGUACCAGAUUUGCGUAAAACCCACUUGAUUGCUUCACCUUCCCGUGUUGUUUUCUCUCUAUCUCUCUCUCCUUUGGACCCCAUUACUUAAAACCAAAGCAUGAUUUUUCAUUACCCCUUUAAAUCAUUGGAAAUAUUUCUGGUUUUCUCCAUUCUGGUACUAUCAGAUAACAGAUCUUCUUUUCUCUCCAGCUCUUACCUUAUCAUGUCUGUAUCCUCUUGGGUAUCAAGUAUAUGGGUUCUUUGAAUUCUCUUCUGAAACCUCUGUUCUUUUGAUUUUUUUUUUUUUCUUCAAUGCAAAUGGGGCGCCAUUCUUGUUGUGUUAAGCAGAAACUCAGGAAAGGUUUAUGGUCUCCUGAAGAAGAUGAGAAACUAUUCAAUCACAUCACUAAGUUCGGUGUUGGAUGUUGGAGUUCUGUUCCUAAACAAGCUGGACUGCAGAGGUGCGGCAAGAGUUGUAGAUUGAGAUGGAUUAACUACUUAAGACCAGAUCUCAAGAGAGGGAUGUUCUCACAGCAAGAAGAGGAUCUCAUAAUCGGCCUCCAUGAGGUUCUGGGCAACAGGUGGGCUCAGAUUGCAGCACAGUUACCUGGGAGAACAGAUAAUGAGAUUAAAAACUUUUGGAAUUCGUAUCUGAAGAAGAAACUCAAACAGAGAGGUAUUGACCCAAACACCCACAAGCCCUUGACUGAAACUGAAGCACAAGAUGAGAAGAAAUGCAGAGAACAUGAUGACGACUUGCAAACAUCUCAGCUCAAGAAACAGAGAACCUUAUCAAGUUUACAACUUGGGACUACUACAGUUUCCAUUAACGACUCAAACUACUAUGUUCAGCCUGUGACCAAGCAAGGCUUUGAUCCUUUCCCUUUGUUUGAAUUCCAAGAGAGCACAAUCAAUCCAACGGGAUCUAAUCCCAACCUUCUGUAUCAAAACCACCAAGAUUUCAGAACUUUGAAUCAGAAUCAAACCCAUUUGGAAACGAGCUCAGAAUUUGGGUUUUCUUCGAUACGCCGUCCAGCUUCUUGUGAUAAUGUCACAGAGACAGAUAUUUCAGAGAAUUCUAUCACUACAUCAAGAGUGAGUAAUGGAUUCUUCUUCAAUGAAGCAAGAGAGAGUUCUAGCAACAGUUGUAACGCGGCAGAAUUUCAGGCUAGCAAUAAUAAUGGUGUGUUCUCAUGGGAUUCAAUGUUUAUGUUUCAGCUCAAUGGGAUUAAAUCUGAAGAAGUAGUGAAGCUACGUUCAUGGGAGGAAGAAGAGAGUCGACAACAAACUGAAAGCCCAGAAGAUUUCGGUAGCUUUCCAUUAACGUCACUAUCUGAAGAUCUAACUGGGGCGAGCUUCGAUCUCUUUGAGCAGAUUUAGACUGUAAAUUCGGCACUGAUUUCCAUACCCACCAUUAAAAAAGAAAUUUCUGUCUUUCUUUUUGGACUUUUUUCCCCCUCUGAACAGAUACAGAUGUUGACAGUACAUGAAAGAUCUACUGAAAGGGUUCGAGUUGGUGGUCGGUGGUCCUUUGAAUCCCCUUUUUUUUCUUUCUUUCUUUCUUUAACUUGUUUGUUUACAUGAGUCUUGAAAUAAU